UGGGAGACUCAAGCAGCUGCAGGAGAAACAGCGAGGAGAGUGAGAGGAAAAAAGAGCGACGGAGAUGGCGAGUCUAAACAUGGAGCCGACAUCGCUGCUGCUGGGGCUGCUGUGGCUGCUUCUAGCAGCCCGAACCACCUCGGUUCAGGGUUUGAACGGCGACGAGGACCAGAGCCAGGAUACCGAGUGCAAGAUGAAGAGCGUCACCGUGUCAGCGCUGCCGUUUCUGAGGGAGAACGACUUGAGCAUCAUGCACAGUCCGUCGGCCUCUGAGCCCAAGCUGCUAUUCUCCGUCAGGAACGAUUUUCCAGGGGACGUGGUUGUUGUGGACGACCUGGAAAACACCGAGCUUCCUUUCUUCGUCCUGGAGAUCUCUGGGAACUCUGAGGACAUCCCUCUGGUGCGCUGGCGGCAGCAGUGGCUGGAGAAUGGGACACUUCUUUUUCACAUCCACCAUCAGGACGGCAGUGUGAACCUACCUGAACCAACUGAAGACCCCGCCAACGACUCUUCGAAGGAAGAGAUGCGCAUACUACACAUCUCUGUGAUGGGUGGAAUGAUCGCCCUUCUGCUGUCCGUCCUGUGCCUCGUCCUGAUCCUGUACACCCGCAGGCGCUGGUGUAAGAGACGCCGCAUCCCUCAGCCCCAAAAAAGUGCCAGUGCUGAGGCAGCUAAUGAGAUACACUACAUCCCAUCAGUGUUGAUGGGGGGCCAGGCUCGGGAAAGCCUAAGAAACUCCAGGGGUCAGGGGCCGAACUCUGCUGGCACCCUCAGCAUCCGUGAAACACCAAUUUUGGACGGGUAUGAGUACGACAUUACAGACCUGCGUCACCAUUUGCAGCGAGAAUGCAUGAACGGCGGCGAGGAAUAUGCUAGCCAAGUCACCCGUACGCUGGACUCCCUUCAGGGCUGCAAUGACAAGAAUAAUAUGGACCUCACACCCGUGAAUGACAACACCAAGUUGGCCCUGAUGAACAAAUAUAAGGACAACAUCAUCGCCACGAGCCCAUUGGACAGCAAUCACCAGCAGAACACUCUGCUACCACACAACACGUCUACCAGCCAACGCAAACGCCUCUCCAGCAAUACCCGAGCGGGUUCAACUUUCUUGAACCCAGACGGGGACUCUGGGACGGAGGCAGACAGCGAGCCUCAGCUGGCGUUUUACACAGACCCGAACCGCAGUCGGCGCCGGAGUCGAGGUAUGAGAAAUGGUAACGCCAACAGCGCGUGGGGCUCUGGGGCAGGAUCUCCUCGAAGUCCCAUCAACAAGACCACCCUGACCCUGAUCAGUGUCAUCAGCUGUGUGAUCGGCCUAGUUUACUCCUCUCACCUCGCCUGCAGCCUCUCAGUUCGAGUAAUCUUACAUGUGCCGGAGCACCUCAUAGCUGACGGAUCAAGGUUCAUUCUGCUCCAGGGGAGCCAGUUGGAUGCUUCAGAUUGGCUCAAUCCUGCCCAGAUCUUGUUAUACUACCAGCAGAAUGCUAGUGGACCUUGGGUCAAUGAGCUGUGUGGACGACGUCUACUAGAUCCUUGUGAACACCAGUGUGAUCCAGAGACAGGAGAAUGCAUUUGUCUUGAUGGCUACAUGAAGGAUCCAGUCCACAAACAUCUUUGCAUCCGCAGUGAGUGGGGGCCUAACCAGGGUCCCUGGCCUUACACCAUCUUCCAGCGGGGUUUUGAUCUUGUGAUGGGAGAACAACCCUCUGAUCGCAUUUUCAGAUUUACAUACACUCUGGGAGAAGGAAUGUGGCUUCCUCUGAGCAAAAGCUUUGUCAUCCCCCCUGCUGAGCUCGCCAUCAACCCGUCAGCCAAAUGCAAGACAGAUAUGACAGUAAUGGAGGAUGCAGUAGACGUAAGAGAGGAGCUGAUGAUCAGUUCUUCAUUUGACUCUCUGGAGGUUCUCCUGGACUCUUUUGGACCUGUCAGAGAUUGCACCAAAGAUAAUGGUGGCUGCAGCCGCAACUUCCGAUGCAUAUCUGACCGGAAGCUUGAUUCUACCGGCUGUGUGUGCCCCCCAGGUCUGAGUCCAAUGAAAGAUGGGACCGGAUGCUAUGACCACCACAUUGGGAUUGACUGCUCUGACGGCUUCAAUGGUGGAUGUGAGCAGCUGUGCCUCCAACAGCUGGCCCCUCUAGAGGAUGACCCAACACUUUACAACAUCCAGAUGUUCUGUGGGUGCAUUGAGGACUAUAAACGUGGUCCUGAUGGGAGGUCAUGCUUACCUCUAUCUGAAGUCUGCACAGAGGGCGUAGACUGUGGGGAAGCAAUAGACAUCCCUGCCAACCAGACUGUCUUUGGAGACCUCUUCUACGGCUACAACAACCAGACCCAGGAAAGCACCACUGGUCAGAUACUGAAGGCCACAUUCAGGCAGAAGAACUUUGCCCGAGGCAUUGAGCAGCAGCUCCCAGAUGGCAUGGUGGUGGCGUCGGUGCCAACGGAGGUUCAGUGCCAUGAGGAGCUGUCAGACCCUGUGCCUGACCCAGAAUAUCUCACGGGUAUGGUGAACUACAGCGAGGUGUCUGGCUAUCCUCUUGUCCAACACUGGAGUCUACGUUCUGUGUUGUACCAUGUCAAACUCAACCAGUGGGUCUUGUCUCAAGCUUUUAGCUCUGCAAUCCAUUCUCUAGACGGGGCAACGCAGCGCAGCGACUUUGUCUCGAUCCUGAGGGAGUUCGGGAACCACUAUGUACAGGAGGCAGUUUAUGGCUUCCAGGAGUCCUGUACCAUCUGGUACCCCAACAAACAAGUCCAGAGACAGCUGUGGCUGGAGUACCAGGACAUCAGCAAAGGUAAUUCCCCUUCAGAAGAGUCAGAGGAGCGGGACAAGGAGCCCAGGACGUUGACUUACCCAGCAUACAUUGCAAGCCUUUUGGACACAGGAGCUAAGCGCAUGGUGGCCGGCGUCAGAAUGGACUGCACCAGCCAAGGCCAGUGCCCACGCUCCUGUCACCUCUGCCAUAUGAGUCCAAGGGCGGCACAGGGACGGCAGCAGUCUGAACCGGUCCUCCUGAAGAUUACCAAGGCUGCACCAAUCUAUGAACUAGUGUCCAACAAUGAGACCUAUCAGGCUCUCCAGGAAGCAAUGAUGAGCAUGCUGUGGUGCUCAGGCAAAGGCGACGUUAUUGAUGACUGGUGUCGAUGUGAUUCCAGCGCAUUCGGCACAGACGGACUGCCCACCUGCGCCCCGCUUCCUCAACCCAUGCUGAAGCUGUCUUACACCUAUGAACCCAGUAGUUCAUUGGUCAUCAUGGAGUGGAACCACACUGAGCCACCAAUCGGCGUACGCAUUGUUGAUUACCUCAUCAGUCAGGAGAAGGUGACAGAGAGGACGGACCACUCUAAACUUGAGACAG